UCGAUAGCAGCACUUCAUACAGCUACCAUCACUAUUGUUUUUAUUUUCUCGGCUCCCGACAAUUUUAUUUUUGUGACUACAAUAAUGGCGUCCGUGCAUUGCCAGCUAUGGAUGGGCAGUCUGGAGUCCUACAUGACGGAGAACUUCAUAAUUGCGGCCUUCCGCAAAAUGGGCGAAGAUCCGACCACAGUGCGUUUGAUGCGAAACAAGUACACAGGAGAGCCAGCCGGCUACUGUUUCGUCAACUUUAUAUCGGACGAUCAUGCACUGGAUGCCAUGCACAAGCUGAAUGGCAAACCCAUACCCGGCACCAAUCCCAUUGUGCGCUUCCGCCUGAACUCCGCCAGCAAUUCGUACAAGCUGCCGGGCAAUGAGCGCGAGUUCAGCGUUUGGGUGGGCGACCUCAGCUCCGAUGUGGACGACUAUCAGCUGUACAAGAUCUUCUCCAGCAAGUUCACAUCCAUCAAGACGGCCAAAGUGAUUUUGGACAGCUUGGGAUUCUCAAAGGGCUACGGCUUUGUGCGCUUUGGCAUCGAGGAUGAGCAAAAGUCGGCGCUUUACGACAUGAAUGGAUACAUUGGCUUGGGUACGAAGCCCAUCAAGAUCUGCAAUGCUGUGCCAAAGCCAAAAUCCGAGCUGAACACUGCUCUCGGCGUCAGUGGCAACACCAGCUACGGCUACACUGGCUCUGCAGGAGGAGCUUCAUCCUCGCCUGCCGCCGGUGCGGACUAUUCACAGUAUUACGAUCCCACCAGCACGUAUUGGCAGGGCUACAACGCCUGGCAGGGUUACUACGAGCAGGCGGGUCCCUCCAUUACCGAUGCUGCCGCCUACUACCAACAGGCCAUGUCACAGUCCCACUCGAACCCCACAACGCUGGCCCAGCACGCGGAGGCCUGGAGCGCCCAGCGCAGCGCUCAGUACGAGCAGCAGCAGCAGCAGCAGACAGCCGCCUCCAAUGGUGGCACAGACGAUGAUUUCGGUUUAGUGGAACAUAAAUUUGUGCUAGACGUUGACAAGAUGAAUCGGGAGGCCAUCGAUGCUGACCGUCGUCUGUAUGAUGCAUUGGAGAGCUCCAAGUGGCUGCCCAUUGAGCAGUUGGAGGUGUUUUAGGGCAUUUUUAGAGCAUAAAAUAUGAAGCUUUUAUAUUAGUUUAGGUAUAAUACCUGCGAAAUGACAAGAAUAAAACUAAAGAAAAUA